GUAGAGAAUUUAGCUGGAACCAAGCAGAAGACUGUCAGGAUUGCCAGUGUGCAGAGACGGGGAAUAUACGGAAACUGAGGACCUGAGUUAGGCCAAGAUGUGACCAUGAGGGCUUGUGGUGGUCUGGAAACUAGCCUCCUGUAAAAUAUAAAUUGAAUCCUUUGAUUUCACCUCAAAGUCAACCAUAAAAAAAACAUAAUCUUGCAACAAUGCACUCCUCCUCCCGUCCCUCUGUUCCUGCAAGGCCUCGCCGCUUUGAAACCAACAGACAGGCAGACCCAAAGACGCAUGGUCCAGGUGCCAGGAGGGAAGACAAAAAUAUGAACACUUCACUCAACACAGCGACCUCUUCCACCCGUCGGGUCACUCGAGGUCCCCCUGAGUCUUCCAGGUUCCGUUCGGGAGCCCAAGCUGGCCGUAACACUACAGUCAAACCUACAGUAGCCCGGCAACAGAAAAACACAACUCAGUCAAGUGCAGCCAAUCCAAAGCCCAAGAGCAGACAGGCCGUGUCCAACUUGCCUCCUGUUGUGACCGACCCGAACUGCAACGAGCCAAGCCUGCCUUGCCUGUGCUGCGAUGGUCGUUCACCGCAGGACAGCAACAGCCUCUUCAAUCACAACCACAACAACAACAACACUAUCACCAUGAGACAGCAGCUGCAGCUGCAGCAGCCUUCCAUACCCCGCAAAGAGGAGGAGGACUGGCAGCGGAAGCCAGUGGUGGAGAACAAAGCUGAGACGAACCCAGAUAGUUCCAUAGAGGUAACAAAAGAGGCAGUGAAAGGCCCAAAAGGCCCAGUCGCUCAGGUUGAUAAAAAGAAGGAAGAAAUCUUAGUGGCAGAAGACAAAGAAAGGGUGGGAGAAGAAGACUCUGACGUUGAAGUCCCUGUUGCCCCAGGUGUAGAUCCCAAUGGAAACAAUCAGGUGUCAGUGGAAGAUGAAGAUGAUGGGGAUGAUGAUGAUGAUGACGACACUCUUGUGCCGUCCUGUUGUGACUGUCCAGCGUCCAUGCUGGAGUUCUCCUUGUCCUCCUCCACCUCUUCCUCGUCCACCUCCAUAAGUAGCUGCUCUGACCUGGAGCUGGACUGUCCUGAUACAUACUCACUAUCAUCUCAAGACCAGGACGCCCCAGAGCGGUACCCAUCAGCACGUUCUUCUACUGCCCAGCCUCAUAUCCUUCCACUCGACCCUAAUGUCCCCUCGGGUCAUCCUAUGUCCCCGUGCUCCCCGGAUGAAGGUUACCCAUCCGCUCCAUGCUCUCCCUCAUCUGAUUUUUCAGACUGCAAAGAGGAAACAGAGCAAUUUGGCACAAAGCCUGGUCUGUUAAACUUUUUGGAUUCCAUGGAUGAACUGGGGAAAAUGGAUCGGUUCUAUCAUGUUGUUCAAGUGGUGUGUUGGGAGCUGGAUGAUGAAAUGGGCCUGAGAGAUCGUCUGGACCACCUGUACAGACUCGAGAAGGUGAACCGGCAGGUGAAACUGUUCCAUCUGGCGAAGCUUCAAGAAGCAGGACUGGACCUGGAAGAUGAGGACAUCUCUGAUGUGUUGGACGAGAUGGGGAACAUCGACAUUCCUUGGAAGCUGUACAAAGGCGAAAGCUCAUGCGAGUCCCAGGAAUUUUCCGACGCUGGGGUGGACGUCAGUGGCCCCUCGGAUUUGGAUGACCCGGCGGUCCCAGACUCUCUGAGCUCCUCGCCCCUGGAGCCGCCCCCUCGUCCACCCAAGCCUCCAGUGAGACACGUGAGCGCCCAACCUGAGACUCACACAUAUAUAAACAUUGAGCAGAGCUCGCCUGUAGUAUCCUCCAGCGCCUCUCCAACAUCCAGUGCUGUCGGCUCACCAUCUCCUUCCUCACAUUUGAUCAAGAAACCUAUUCCCGAUCCUCCUCCCCUGCCACCACCCCCCUCUCAGGCCAUACCCUACUUCACCCUCUACUCAGCCAGCUCCUGUGCCCCCUCCCCCACACCCCCCAUCCCUCCCCCCAGGACCCGUCACCUUGCACGUCGGGAGGCGCUCAGGUGCGCCCAGCUUCAGGCCGAGCAGUCACCCAUGUCUCUCCCGCCCCCCACCUCCAAACCCCCUCCUCUCCCUCCUCCUCCUGCCCUGCCCUCCCCACCCAAAAUCCCCCCGCCGCCACCCUCACUGCCUCCUCCGCCUUCCUUCCACGCCCUGGACGUGGAGAUCCAGAAGCUGCUGGCACUGGCUGGCCUCACCCAGGCGGAGCUGUUGAAGCUGAGCCCGGAGCUGGGGGUCUGUGUCAGCGGGGUCCUUGACAGCAGCCAGGGAGAGGAGGAGGAGAAGAGCAUAGUUGCCCCUGGGCCUGAGCCUCAGCCAGCCAGACUAUCUCGGAGUGGAGAAAACACGAAGAUUGGUGGAGACAGAGUGAGCAAGUAUGAACCGAAAGGAAUGAAGGGGGCUUGGAUAGAUGGAUGGGGGGAGGCAGAAAAGUUUGGCGAACACAGAGGAACUGACAUGUCUCCAGGAAAUGACACGUAUGGAGAUAGAACACGAGAGGCAAAGAGGGAUGCCCUCAGAACAACCUCAUUCACAGAGAUGGCCAGGAGACGGAAGCAAAAUGGUAGCAGCACUAACUCCAGCUGCAGCUGUGGAUACGGUGUUAACACUAGCCUGAGUACUGAUGCCUAUUACAGCACUGAAAUCAGCAAUGCAAACAGCACUAAUGCCACCUUUGACAACUUUGACUACUCAUCUGAGUUACCUGACACGCCUCCCCCACCACCUCCCCGCCCUUUGCCCCCGUGUCCCCCCGUGACAUCGAAACCCCCUGAGCUUCCUCCAGUGAUGCCCUGCACUGUCCCUGCCAACGCAUCCCGGCCUGACCGCUUUGACUGGCUCAUUGCCUUCACCCCGGACACAGAGGCCUCUCCGUGGGAGCUGAGGAAGUGCACCAGUGGGGUCGUCCUGCCCAAGGUCACAUUGGGGUCAAAGGUCACAACCUUCAAAGAGCUGCGAAACCGAAGUAAGCAGAGCUCCCUGCCGGCUCCAGCUGAGCCUGAGCCGGAUCCGACUGUGACAACGCCGGACCCGGACUUCCUGUACAACCUGAAGUGGAGGCGGGGAAAGAAUGGUGGGGACGGCAGUCAGUGGGAGUACACCUCUCAGGCCGAGGCCUCCUUCCUGAUGCCGCCGCCCACACCCGCCUCACUGUCCCUCUUCAGGGAGAUGCGUCACCUCACCCUCGAGGGGGACGGACAGGCAGAGCCCCACCCCUCGCAGCGGAUUGGCUGCUCUGCCAGCGAGGGGAACCUGUGGAAUAUCGGAGCUGAACGGGCGGGGGAUGGGAAGCGAAGGGAAGAGGAGGAGGAAGUGCAGGUGAGAGGAAGAGCCGAUGGAGGGAGAACCUUGGAGUCAAGAACAACAGUGUCCUCGCCCCCCCUCUCUCUCGCCCGUCCCCAAGCACCCCCCUCCGCGUACUUCCUGCACUCCUACCCCAUGCCACCCCCCCUCCUGACGGGCAGAAACAGCCUCUACAGGGCCCAGCCUGGAAGCUCUGCUCGCGGACAGGCAGGCCUUGAAACCAAAACAUGUCCAACCUCCGACUGUGUUAGUCAGACCUACUCUGAUUCUCUCUACUGCUCUGAUUUGAACCACAAUGUAGAUGACUCUGUUUUCUUGAAUGAAGACAUCAACAGCGACAUAGAUUCACUCUACCUCCACAAUACAGUUUCUAAAAGUAAUCUUGAUUCGCUGUACUGCAGUGAAAGACCUACUACUAAUAAGAUUGAUAUCGACUCCCACAGUAAUAUGAAUAGCUUGGUCUCCACAGAUUUAAGUUAUAAUGUAGACUCUCUGUAUUAUCCUCAGAAUAAGGGAAAGACAUCUGACUCCAAAAACAUUGGAGAAGACAUAUGUAAUGAUGGCAACACAACUCCAUACAAAAACAUUGAGAUGCUAAAAUAUGCUAAGACACAAAAGGCCCCAAGCUACCCACUCUCAAACAAGCAGAUCAACUCUGAUUCACAGCAUGUGAUGACGCUCCACCGGAAGAGUGACUCAGGUAUCCCGUGGGACUUGUCUUUAGACCAGAUGACGUCCUUGGGCUCUGCAAGAGUAAAACAGCCCCCACCCCUACCCACCUGCUACCUCUACCACCCCAAAAACUGCCCUCUGCACAAAGGUGCUCCUCCCCGCCUCUCCCCCGUAGGCGCGAUCUCGCCCCCUCACAGGUCUGGGCUCCCGGGUCCAGGGCUGGACGCGUCCGGCUUGUGCUCGCCCCUCUUCCCCCGCAGUCACACCCUCCCUGCCCUAGCUGCCCCGCUCUACUACCCCUACCUCUACACGCCCCCCAUCAGGGCUCCGCUGCAGGAGCCCCCCACUCCCAAUCUCCCCCAGCAGGCACCACCACGUCCAUCAUGUGCUCUGACAGUUCGCAGUCUCUCAUUCGCUGGGUCUGUACAAAAGGCUGGGGCCUGGAUGGGCGAUGAUGAUGAUGCAAGCUCCGCCUUGAGAGGUUCAAGCCUGUCCUCUCAAUGCCUGCAGGAGAAAAGAGCUCUGGUCAGUGCGGUCAGCCUGGCAGUGGAGGCUAUCCUGGCUCAGUUCAGCUCCUCUAGGACUCUGGUGCAGAAGUCCCUCUCGGUAGAUAAGGCGCUCUCUGGGGACAGUAGUAUAAACCCAACGCUGGGCCGACUGGUGCUGCAGUGUCUGUGCCCAUCCCUUCGCAGCCUGCUGUCCGACGGACUCAAGCCCCACCAAAGUGACCUGAUCGCAGGCAGGAGGCCAAAUUCACCUUGGGGACUGGUGCAGGCCUCCACCAAGCCAGGCCCCAGGACCCAGGGCCUGCACAGCCUGCAGGCUAGAGUGGCUGACCUGCCCCAGCUGAGGCAGAGUGGACACAGGUUCAACGCCUUUCUGCUCGGCCUCCUCAACACCAAACUGCUGGAUUAUUGGAUCUCCCAUCUGCAGACAUGUAGUGACGUGUUGUUGACAUACUAUCGUCCAAACUCCUUCAUGAGGUUGUCUCUCACUUCCUGCCAGCCUCUCUUUGAAGAGCUCCUCCUCCUACUCCAGCCUCUGUCCCUCUUGACCUUUAACCUUGACCUGCUCUUCCAACACCACCACUUUGACCCCGCCUCCCCUGCUGACCCUCUGACCAAUCACAGCCCAGAUUUAACAAGCCCACCCAAUCAGGAGCUGGGCUUCGGGGUCUCUCCCUGGGGCCCGGUUCAAGGGCAUCGCCUGGAGAGUGUAUCAGAGCAUGAUGUAGGAAGGCCAGAAUCAUGUCCAUCCAAUCAGAACACAGCUCUCUCGAGCUUGGCCAAGCCGUUGGCCGGAGGGGUAGUCCAGUCAUCCUGUCGUGGCCCAGUGCCUGUCUCAGCAUUUGCCAGUAAGGGAGAGACAAGCCCUCAGCUUCAGUGGGUGCGGGAGAAAGACAUAGCGCCCCCUCCUGAGGAGAGUGAGUACAGCAGCCUGUCCCAGCAGGCAGGGCAGGUGCUCCAUCAGGGCUGGGGGGCAGUUGUCCGCUGGGGCGAGCGUUUAGGACACAACCUCAACUCUCUAGGAUCCUCCUCUGAAGACAGUACCACAGGGACAUCCCCAGACUCCCGCAGAGGCCCAGACAUCCUCCGCUCCCAGCCCCAGGAGGAGGCCUCUUCCUGGGCUAACAGUGUGGCCGUGCCAUGGGGGCUAGAGAGGCUAUUCGGAGCCUCCAAGAAUUCCUGCAACCCUCCAGUGAACACCCCACAGGCUAGGCGUCCAUCUCAGUGGCUGGCUCCCAGCGUAUCUGUCCUCGCACGUAUGGUCAGCGGCAGCCAGCCCUCUCUGCCCGACAGGAUCCAUGUGGAGGCGAAGCAAGCGAAACCCGCCGAGAAAAAGAGAGAAGAAACUCAAGACAAACCAAAACCCACCAGGGCGGUGCGAACACUUUGUGACCAUUCGGGCUCAGGGAUGGAGCUGACUUUCCAAAAGGGGGAGGAGCUCAUUGUGCUGGGAAGUGUGGACCAAGAUUGGAUUCGCUGUCGUCAAGGAGACAAGGAGGGCCUGGUGCCUAUUGGCUACACCUCUCUCAUCAUGUGACCUCUGACCUCUGUAAUGCCCUUCUGAUCAGUUAAGGUCAAAAAGGGGAAGACCCCAAAACAAAAAUAAAUAACAGAAAAAGGAUUGAAUAUGUAAUGUGACUUGAGUAGUAGCUUGUAGAUGUUUAGUGUUAAUCUCCUAUCCCAGUUGCCUGGUUUGUGAUGUGUAAGAUGUUUUAUUCUAAUGUUGGCAUUUGGCUUAAAUAAUGUCAAAAAACAUACUGUAUAAAUUAUACAUAUACAAAUAUACUAUAUGAAUAUAGACUGAUUUUCCAAGAUAGAUAGACAGAUAGAUAAACAAGAAAAAAAAGUAGAGUUAAACAUUACCUCAUUGGUAUAUCAUUUAGAAAUAAUGUAAGAAUGGAAGAUACUGAUAACACAUAGCAAGUCCCUGAGACUAGAAAUAUAUGCUAGAUUUUUUUAAAAAAGGCUAGACAUUUACAAAAAAGAUAAACUUUCAUUGGAAUGUAUUUGGCAAAGGCACAAAUCACUACCAAUUUAGAUAUUAGCCAGUGAAUGCAACCUCGACAUAUGCACAGAGUGAGCAAAAUGCAAUGCACUUAACACAUAAAAAUGGACAGACCCUUAAACGUCUGUCUGUGAAUACUUAAGGCAAUUCUUUCCCUCUCUUCUCUCUUUUUCUGAAAACAGACAAAAAAAAUAUCUCGCUUGUUCCACUCCCUCUGAGGAAGCAACGUGUUUGUGGCCCUAUCGUAUGCUUGUUGAUCUGCUUAAUCUGCCAAAUCCCUCAAAUUAUUCAUCUAAAACCGUACUUAAUUAAGUAACUCAAUACAACACACUUGCUCCGGCAAGUUACUUAUCUAAAUGUGUCUUCCCCAAAGCAUCUGUCAUUGCAUCAUAUUAUUAAACUGUCAUUAUUGUUCCUAUCAGUAGAAGUAGUACUACAGGGUGGUGUGAUGGUCUGUCUUCAUGUUUAUUCUCAACAAUCUUUUAAUUAGUAUGAUUGUUUGAUAGCACUGUAGGCUUGGUAUUGAUGACUAUGCAUACGCUGUACUGUACGACAGGCUUAUGGAUUGAGUAGCCCUUUGUGUUCACGUUUUGAUCAUGGUGAUUUGAUGUCUUUUAUUAGUUCCAUUUGUUAGUUUUGAAUACUUUCCGAUAAAGUGGUGAUGUCCAGAGCUGCAUGGCACAAUAUCGAGGUCCUGUCAUUCAUCAACCUUUGCACUGAGAAGAACAAGCUCACUGGGAGAACACUUGGCUGCUCUGUUUGGACUCUAUAUAGAUCACACUUAAAGGUUCUGGUGUUUAUUCUCUGAAGCAUUUUAUAAAACAUCUUUGUGCUAUCCUUCUUAUAGCUCCUAAGCAGAACAUUAAUAGGAGGCUCUUGGUAGAACGUUGACUUAGUCAUUCCAACUUAAACCCCAUGCUGAAAAGUUCUUUGUGGAUCAUCACGUCAUCCAUAAAUGAACCCAUGAAACUGGAAGGGUCAUAGGUUGAGCUCUGGGAGCAUGGUGUGCGCUGUGCCUAAAGCACUCACGAGUACAACAGAUCGACUGUGAGGGCUGCGCUCAGCUUCUUCUACAAAUGGCAUCAGCUGGAUGUGCUGACAGCUGCUAGUCAAGCCCUCAUGCAGCACAACUGCCGUUCUCCUUCUCUCUCAGGCCUCCAUCUGCCUGCUCCAGGUCUGCUGCUGGUUCGCUCCUCUCUCUCCACAAUAGCCUGGGCUUUUUUUGUGGAGAGCUGCGCUGUGUGGAUCCAGUCCAUGCUAGCCUGGGUGCAUCUGAGGGUGUCCGCCACCUGUCGAGCUGAGCUCAGUGACGGCUCGAGGCCAGGUCUACCACUUUCAGGGCCACAGUAGAGGGGGAGUCAGGUUGGGGACUCUGAAAGACUCAGGAGGGCCUUCUGCUGGACAGGAAGGGACUCGGGAAUGCGCCAGACAAGCCGUGUAGAUGUUUGUGAUUUAGAGGUUGAGAUUUCUAUUGGAGCUCACCUUAGCUAGUUAGCUAUGGCUCUGAUUUUGCUCGAUACCCCAUAACUGCAGCAUGGUGCCAACAUGUCCAUACAGAUUCUUAUCUGUUUAUCUAAAAAUAUAAAAAUAAAGGAUAACAAAAUGAAUAAAUGUCAAGGACAGAAGAAACACAAAGUUCAAAUAGCUAGAUCAGACACCGGUGUGAUUGUGUAUGUGACACUAGUUUGUUUAUUUCUUGGUUGAAAUCUAUGCCUUUUCUUUGCAUUUCAGUGACAGACAAGAGGGUUUUGCAAUACGUGACAAUUAGAUAACAACUGUGUCAGAUAUGCAUCCUUAUAAGUCCUGAGUUUCAGGCUAUCUGCAGUAGCUGUAUUCACGAUCAAGGAAAUGAGAAGGGGAAUGCUGAGGAGGAGUGGUGGAUCAGAGAGAACUGGCAUUCUUGUUGACGGUGAUGGGAAUACUGACGUUCUUGUUGAUGGAGAUAGGUAUAUUCUGGAUCACUUGAAAAACCUGUUCCAUUUGUCCUGUCACUGUAAUCAAUGUCAUACCAUCUUUUCCCCUGUGGAAUAUUGCAGAAUUUGGCACAAGAUUAGAAAAUGAAUAUCAGGAAUUAAUGUUUUUUUAAAAUUUGUUUUGUUCUUUUUCAUCAGUACAUAUAGAUAUAUAUGCUUAUGUGUGAAUAUGAUAUUUAUUUAAUGAAAAUUAGAUGUUUCAUAGUUUAUGUGAUUUCUGUAACUUGUGGAAGCCAUUUAGCUGUUUCUCUUUCGUUUAUCUUUCUCUCUAUCUAUCUGGUGUUGUGUGUAUGUGUGAGUAAGUGUGUGUGCCUGUCGGUGGGUGGUGUAGCUCUUUAUGGUAUAGCCCGCUAGUAGCACACUUAAUACAUAUGUACUAAGUCCUUGCAAAGUCACCCAAGUCAGUCAAGCUCCUUGCAUGUGCUUGUUUGUAAAUAUAUUCAAUAAACAAAUAAUAUAUAUUAAUCUCA